AUGAGCUCCCCCGAUGAGGUGUCCGUUUUGGGGGCCGAUCUGGGCCCAGAGGGUGGCGACCAGGCCGGCGCCCACACCGCAAGCCCCGGAGCCCCAUGGGGCCGGGGCCAUGGCCACGGCCGUGGCCUUGAUUUGGGGGCACAGCGCAGUGGUGAGGGGCAGGGCGAGAGCCGGUUCGCAGAUCCCGAGGGCUUCAGCUUCGAGUCUGAGAGUGAAAUGAUAAAGCAGCAAAGGGUGGUGCUCUGGCGACAGGAAGGCCGGCCUGGCACCCCGGUUGACGCCCGGGGGGUCGGUCCCAGUGGGAGAGGCGCUCCGGGCGCCAGCCCAGGAGAAUGGCAGCAGGCCUCCGCCGGCCCUCUCCGCCUCGGUGGUCCUGGGACAGGCGCGGCCUGGGAGAACCCGGAAAGGGGCUCGAAGAGCACCAGUGUGAGCGUCCCAGUGGAUCCCCAGCAACCCUCCGCGGAAGGCCCCGCUGUGCUGUCUGAGGACGCGGACUCUGAUGCCACAGAUGAGAGCAGCCACUUACCGGUGAUUAGGGUAAUCAUUCGCACCAAAGAAGGAAGCCAGGUCAAGCCCGGAAGCCCCAAGAAGCCAGCAGACACUUGCAGACUCCCGAGUUUCCACCGCAGGGAGAGCAACCGUCAAGUUCAGGACCCUCUCCUGAUCUCUGCUCCCCACAGACUCACUCCAGCCGUGGAGGGGCCCGCCGUGGGAAAGCUGGACGCGUCUUCCUCGAAGAAAAUGCGGAGCACGGCCUGGGGAAAGGUGGGGGUCAGGCCCAGCUGCUCAGGAGCUGCUGUUACAGGGCCAGUACCCCGGGGCUCUCCAGGAAGGAAGGUGGCCCAGGACAAGAAAUCCCUAGGGGGUGAGCCAAAACGGGCCCCGGAGGGAGCCUUUCCUGCCUGGGGGCAGAGACGUUCAACAAUUCCGCAGGAUCCGGCCAGCUUUCCGCCAGUCUCUGGUGUGGGUCUCCUGGGGAAGUCCGGGAGACCCAAGGAGCUCAAGCACUGCAGCCCUGGGAAGAAAUCUGCGGGAAGAAAAACCAGAGAGUCCCAGGCUGCGGCCGGAGAAGAUAAUGACACGAAUAGAGAUGAGGUCCCAAGGGCCCAACUUCCCACACACAAGCCAGAGGUGAUUUCCCUGUCCAUGCCUCGUGGAGAAUGCAGCAGUGGGGACCCCGCCAUCAGAGCUCCCCAAGUUCCAGGAACCUCACAGCCCUCGGCCUUGAGCGUGAGACGUCUCGUACCCAGACCCCGUGAGUCUUGUGGGUUUGACAGGGGUGACCAUCGGCGGCCUGUCCGACCCCCAAGACCGGAAAGGGAGCAGCCGCCCCCGGGAGUCCCAGGCUGUCCUCGGUGUGUCUGGCUGCAGAGGGAAGUUGAGGACCUUAGGGAGCAACUAGGUAUGACGGAGCCCUGGCUGGGGCAGGGAUGGGCAGCGCUGUCUUUCUGCAGGUGCCGAGGGUGGGGCUGGGGUGCAGGUGCAGGCCGCAUCACAGGAACUGACUUUCCCCUGGAGAAGAGAACCAAGCAGGCCUGGCCCUGGAGCCUUCCGUGCCUUUCCAGCUGGGGUGUGCACAGACAGCAAGGGUCGUCUGAACUCCAUGAUGGAGCCAGCGUCUUCCUACAAGAUGUGCAGCUGCUACCUCUGGAGCCCCUGAGCUGCAGCCAAGCUGGUUCCCUCCGAAUCCUCUUCAGCCAAGGCUUCCUCUCUUCCUCUGCGCUUGCCCUCUUCCCGCCGCAGUUCACAGCAGUUUCAAAUAAAGUCAUUCUCAUAUUCUGUGGUCCGUGGUCUGCCCUCUCUGCAACUGUUGGAGGGCUGGGCGCGGGGGGCGGGGGAGGGUGGGUUGACGCCGGUGGCCUUUCCUGCAGAGUUAUUUCCGCGCUGUCGAGGAACACAGCAGAGCCCAUCCUCCCCUUCAGGGGCGCAGUCCUCCUUCUGGAGCCAUUCUGUCCCUCCGGUUCCACCGCGCGCACACAGGUCAUCUGGGCCAGGAACCCGCGCGGCAUCCUCAGUUCCUCUCUCGGCCGUCACCUUUGA